AUGCGCUCGUACUUCCUCAUGCUCCCCGAACCGACUGGCAAGGACAACGGGUUUUCGUACAUCCUCAAGAUGAACUUCCUCCAGCGCCGCAACCAGGCGGCGAUUGAUCUCUUCAACAAGUUCAAAAGCCAGACGCCUCCGGCGACCACGGCCACCACAGAGUUCUUCGAUUGGACGUACAAGUGGGUCACUCUGAGGGGCAUGUAUAUGGACUCGAAAGCCUCCCUUGCUACGGUUGCGCGGUGGGUGGAGUACGUCAACGACCCUGCUCAGGCCGACAACGUCCGGGGGAACAUGUCUGCCUACGAGGGCUACGAUCCCGACGACCCCCCCGGCUACGGCUACAAUUCCUUUAACCAGUACUUCUCGAGGAUCUUCAAAGAUUACAACAAGAGCAGGCCCAUCAGUCAGCCAGAGGACAAAAUGGUGGUUACAGCCCCAGGGGACGUGUUGAUCAAUUUUAUCAUCAAGUAUCUCACGAACCAGACCAGGCUGCCCGUGAAGGGGAGCGACUUCAAUGUCAAGGAGCUGCUGAACGGCUCCGCGCUGGCCUCGAAGUUCAUCGGUGGUACUGCGGUCUCCAACGUGCUCGAGCCUUACGCUUACCACAACUUCCACGCCCCCGUGGACGGUCGCCUCGUUGAAGCGGUGGACGUGCCAGGUUUUUUCUUCGGCAUCCCGGACGGCAUGCGGUGGUUUGGCAGCGACAACACUGGCAGCUCGGACACGGACUUCGGCGUGUUCUCGGGCUUCCACCGCCUCGUAUUAAUCUACGACACCGGCCCGUAUGGAUUGGUGGCGCAGGUGGCGGUCGGCUUGGCGGACGUGAACACCAUCUGCCCACGGUGA